UUGUGGUCUGUGGAAACCGUGUGGCUCUUUGAAGUUUGAACACGCUUUUGUUUUUCAGACAUUCCAAUUUCCUUUUUCAUAAAAGGUUAUACCCAGUGUCCACCGUUUUGUUUUCGUGAUGGGGCGUUCCAGAGGAAGAAAGAACAAGAGCAAGAAGAAGAAGAAGAAGGAGAAAAAGCCUAACUGGCUUGAACUUCCAUUAGACGUGACUGCAAAGAUACUACACAACCUUGGUACCGUUGAAGUCGUGAAGACUGCAUGUCAUGUGUGUUCUCUAUGGCGGAACAUCUGCAAGGACCCUCUCAUGUGGCGCACCAUUGAUAUUCCGGCCAGCCCUGCAACUUCACGUUCUUGUUCGGUUAACGUAUGUCGCUUUGCCGUUGACCAGAGUUGCGGUCUUCUCCAAGAAAUCAAUAUUGAGCUUUUUGGCACUGAUGUUCUGCUCAAAUACAUAGCUGAUAGAGCAACUCACCUACGACGCCUACGCCUUUACAAAUGUUGGGCAGUUUCAGAAAGAGAGUUGAUUCAAGUCGUAAAGAAACUUUCUCUAUUAGAGGAGAUUGACCUUUCAUUUUGCUACCUAUCUAGACAUGCACUUGAAGUUAUUUGCCGAUGUUGCCCUCAUUUGAAAGUGUUGAAAUUCAACAAGAAGAGAGCAUAUGAGUGUUUCAAGAAUAAUAAUGUGGCAUUUGCUAUUGCAAAAACAUUGCAUGAGCUUCGUCAUCUCCAGCUCCUGGGAAACUGUCUCACAAAUGAUGGCUUGCUUGCCAUUCUUGAUGGAUGCCCUCACCUUGAAUCACUUGACCUGCGAGCUUGUUCUAAUGUUGAUCUGAGUGGAGCUUUGGGGGAAAGGUGUCAUAAACAGAUAAAAAAAUUGCUGCUUCCAUAUGAAGAUCUAGAUGAUAUUUACUGCAAUGAUAUUGAUGAGGAUGGUGGUAACUAUUAUUAUGAUGAUGAACGUGAUCUUUGGGUGUCAUUCUAAAUGGCAUGAUUUAUUAUUAUUUUUCUUGUUUGCUAUGGAGAUUUGGAGCUAUGUAGACCGGGAAUGGGAGAUGUCCUUGUGUCGUAUCCCGCAAGAAUGCAAUUCAGUGGCGGAUCACAUUGCGAAGGUCAUUGCUAGAACCUUGAAUCAGGAGUUUUGGGUAAUUGAUAUUCCUUCCUUUGAGUUGAAAACCCAUUUGCUUUGUGAUGCGCUUUCUGUAGUGUAGUGUGUCUUUGUUUGUUAGUUUUCCGAUGGAGAAAAAAAUAUGAAUAUUGUUUAAUUUUUUAAGGUUUUGUUUUAAUUUCCUCCGA